AUGUUUUGUUCUGUUCUUUUGAUCACCAGACUUCUAUUCGGCACGCUCUAUCCAGCAUAUUGCUCAUACAAAGCAGUCAAAACCAAAAAUGUCAAAGAAUAUGUCAGAUGGAUGAUGUACUGGAUUGUCUUUGCUAUUUUCACUUGCGCUGAAACUUUCGCUGAUAUUUUCAUUUCUUGGCUUCCAUUUUACUACGAGAUUAAAAUAUUUUAUGUAAUAUGGCUGAUGCUGCCAGCAACGAGGGGUGCCACUAUUCUAUACAAGAAGUUCAUUCAUCCUCAGCUCUCAAAACGAGAAGAAGAGAUUGACAAAUGCAUAGCAAAGGCUUCAGAUCAGGGUUAUUCAACACUUUUGAAUUUGGGUUCUAAAAGUUUCAAUUUUGCUGCCAGUAUUGUUUUGGCUACUGCUAUAAAGGUACUUUCAUUUAAACAUUAUUUAUUUAAACGUUUCCACGUUAUUACUACUGCAACUCUAAUAAAACAUAUAAUAGCAUUUUUAAAUUUUGUGGAAAUAAUAUCUUCACAAGGGUCAGAAUACCUUAUCUGA